GAAAGUAUUAUAACUCGCUGCAGCGAAGAUAAAUUUGAAAAAAGUUGUAAAAAGAUGCAGAAUUCAACUUCAAAUUCGUUUUUGGCCAACAACAGUAGAGAUGCACUGUGGCUUACAGUGGUAGCCAUGCUCUGGGGAUGUACAAAUCCACUGUUAAAGAGAGGUGGUGAAGGUAUAGAAAACAUCAAGAAAAAAUCUGCUGUAUCACAGUUCCUUGCAGAACUGGUCUUUAUGGUGUGUAAUGUUAAGUAUAUUGUGCCAUUCCUCAUCAACCAGAGUGGAUCCUUGCUGUACUACAUCACUCUGGGAUCUGCAGACCUGUCCCUUGCUGUCCCUAUAACAAAUUCUCUGACAUUCCUGUUCACCAUGCUGAGUGGAAAAUUGCUGGGUGAAGAGAUUGGCUCAAAAGAAACCUACCUAGGUGGCCAUUUUGGAUUUUCUGUCCUAAAAUCUUCACUUUCAAGACUUGUCUACAGGUUUCCAGCCAAACCAUUUGACGGAUUCAUUUGA